UAUACAUAUCGUUUCCCUCGAUAGAUUUCGUUUCUAGGGUUUCGGCAACCACGAAGAAACGGAGGAGUAACAACUGCAGCCGCCACCAUGGUGUUGAAGACUGAGCUUUGUCGUUUCAGCGGCGCGAAGAUAUAUCCCGGUAAAGGAAUCAGAUUUGUACGUGCAGAUUCACAGGUUUUCCUGUUUGCAAACUCCAAAUGCAAGAGGUACUUCCAUAACAGACUGAAGCCUUCUAAGCUCACCUGGACAGCAAUGUACAGGAAGCAACAUAAAAAGGAUAUUGCUCAAGAGGCUGUAAAGAAGAGGAGACGUGCCACCAAGAAACCCUACUCAAGGUCCAUAGUGGGUGCUACAUUGGAGGUUAUCCAAAAGAAGAGAUCUGAGAAGCCUGAGGUUCGUGAUGCUGCUAGAGAAGCAGCCCUCCGUGAAAUCAAGGAAAGAAUUAAGAAAACAAAGGAUGAAAAGAAGGCAAAGAAAGCAGAAGUGAUGGCCAAAACACAGAAAACUCAGGGCAAGGGUAAUGUUGGUAGGGGAGCUGCACCAAAAGGACCAAAGCUUGGCGGUGGCGGUGGCAAACGUUGAACUCUCUAUGCUGUAAGCUAAGAAGAGUAAUGAGCUUUGAUGUUCUUUUAAGGAGCAAGCCUGAGCAAAAGAUGAUGUUUUAUUAUUUCCAAAAUUUUGAAUGGAUGAAUUAUUGUGCUUUAUAUUUC